AUGGCGGUUGCUCAUUUGAAUCUUGGGAGCUACGUUUUCGCCUUCGUCUCCUUGUCUCUCGCCGUUCUAGCUCCAUCGGUUCAAGCCCACAUCGCCGCCUUCGAUGAAUACUGGACGCAGCGUCAAACCGAUGCCAUGCGACGAACUUUGGAGGCUUAUGACCCGAACCCGUUAAAUGUCACCGACCAUUUCAACUACCAUAACGCAUUAGCAAUGGAGGAAACGGGGAUGGGCAACGGGACAAGGAGGGAUCUCCGACAGAUUGGAAGCGGUCGGAAAAUACUGAAACGUGGCGGGAGGUACCAAUCCCUUAAUGCAAUCGACAAAUGUUGGCGUGGAGACAAAAACUGGGCCAAAAACCGGAAGAAACUAGCGGACUGCGUCCUGGGAUUUGGUCGGAAAACAACCGGAGGCAAAGCCGGAGAGUUCUACACAGUCACCGACGCGUCGGACAUCAGUCUCUUGGACCCCAAGCCAGGAACUCUAAGAUACGCCGUGACUCGCGACAGACCGCUCUGGAUCAUUUUCGCUAGAAGCAUGGUCAUUAAGCUGCAGCAAGAACUGAUCGUGACGCACGACAAAACGAUCGACGGUCGUGGAGCCAACAUUCAUAUAACCGGAGGUGCGGGUUUUACGUUACAGUUCGUGAAGAAUGUGAUCAUACACAACAUUCAUAUCAAAAACAUUGGUCGUGGGUUUGGUGGGAUGAUUAGAGACUCCGAGACUCAUUUUGGGCUCCGGACAAAGAGUGAUGGUGAUGGUAUUAACAUUUUCGGAUCGUCCAACAUUUGGAUCGAUCAUGUCUCCAUGACGCAUUGUUCUGAUGGUAUGAUCGAUGCCAUCAUGGGAUCCACCGCCAUUACCAUCUCCAAUUCCCAUUUUACCGACCACGACGAGGUGAUGCUGUUUGGGGCUAAAGACGAGGAUGUGAUCGACAAGAAAAUGCAGAUAACGGUUGCGUUUAACCAUUUCGGAAAGAGAUUGGUGCAAAGAAUGCCAAGGUGCAGAUACGGUAUGAUCCAUGUGGUGAACAAUGACUACACUCACUGGAAAAUGUAUGCAAUUGGUGGAAACAUGAACCCUACCAUCAUAAGUCAAGGAAAUCGUUUCAUUGCUCCUCCUCUUGAAGAUUCCAAGCAGGUUACAAAGAGAGAGUACGCACCUUACACAGAAUGGAAAUCAUGGAACUGGCAAUCAGAGAGAGAUUACUUCUUAAACGGAGCUUACUUUGUGAAUUCAGGAAGAUCAAACGCAUGGAGCUCCGCCCCGAAAAAUCCAAUCCCAGGACAGUUUGCGAUCAGGCCUCAGCCAGGAACUAAGGUAAGAAGACUCACAAAAGACGCUGGUACGCUUGGUUGCAAACCUGGCAAAUCCUGCUGA